AGUUGUUCGCGGAGCAUUGUGGGAAAGCAGUUUCAAAACAAAAGCUGUACGAAGAACAUUGCAUGUAUAUAUGGAAAUCCGAAAACAUUUCCAGAAAGACGCCGAUGGGCUGUGGAUUACCUGGACUGUCACGAACCGUCGCAUCCUCUGUGGACACUUAGUUUGACAACCCUUGUUUGUAGAUUACGGCUUUCUAUUCAAAGUUGUUAUGUUUCGUUGAACCUUCUGUCCCGCACAUAGAAAUAAGUAAAGAAUAUAAGUGCUGAAGCUUUGUUCGAAUCAUUUGUUAUAUAUAUAUAUAUAUAAUAUAUAUUACAUUUAUCUGUAUGAAACAUGCUAUCCGAGUGAAAGACAACCUGCACCCCGUGCUUUUCUUAUCGGCUGCAGCUCAGUAGGGUGGCAGGAAUGGCUUCCGCCGGAGCGGAGAAGUGUUCCAAGAAGAAAACGGAGAAGAAGUUUGCGGCGAAAGAGGAGGCGAAGCUGCUUGCGAGCUUCAUGGGCGUCAUGAACAACUUGCGGAAGCAGAAGACGCUCUGCGAUGUCAUCUUAGUAGUAUCUGAGAGAAUGAUUCCUGCUCACAGAAUUGUCCUUGCAGCAGCCAGCCAGUUUUUUAAUUUAAUGUUCACAUCAAAUAUGCUGGAGUCAAAAGCAUAUGAGGUGGAAUUAAAAGAUGCAGAACCUGAUAUCAUUGAGUUACUAGUGGAGUUUGCAUACACUGCAAGAAUUUCCGUGAAUAGCAACAAUGUUCAGUCAUUACUAGAUGCUGCAAAUCAGUAUCAGAUUGAACCUGUAAAAAAGAUGUGUGUUGACUUCCUUAAGGAGCAAGUGGAUGCAUCUAAUUGUCUUGGUAUCAGUGUCCUGGCAGAGUGUCUUGAUUGUCCAGAGCUGAAAGCCACUGCUGAUGAUUUUAUUUACCAACACUUCACGGAGGUCUAUAAAACUGAUGAAUUCCUUCAGCUGGAUGUGAAGAGAGUCACACAGCUGUUAAAUCAGGAUACCUUGACUGUUCGAGCAGAGGAUCAGGUAUAUGAUGCAGCAGUUAGGUGGCUUAAAUAUGAUGAGCCAAACCGGCAACAAUACAUGGUGGACAUCCUGGCCAAAGUCCGCUUUCCUCUUGUGUCAAAGAACUUCCUGAGCAAAACAGUGCAAGCUGAACCUUUGAUUCAGGACAACCCAGAGUGCCUCAAGAUGGUUAUCAGUGGGAUGCGGUAUCAUCUUCUUUCUCCUGAGGACCGUGAGGAGCUUGGAGAGAGCAGCAGACCGAGGCGUAAAAAGCAUGACUACCGUAUUGCACUGUUUGGGGGGUCCCAGCCACAGUCUUGCCGCUACUUUAAUCCAAAGGAUUAUAGCUGGACAGAUAUACGCUGCCCAUUUGAAAAACGCAGAGAUGCAGCCUCUGUCUUUUGGGACAAUGUUGUUUACAUUCUGGGAGGAUCACAACUUUUCCCUAUCAAACGCAUGGAUUGUUACAAUGUGGUUAAGGACAGUUGGUAUUCUAAACUUGGUCCACCUACGCCUAGAGACAGCCUGGCAGCCUGUGCAGCAGAAGGCAAAAUCUAUACUUCUGGAGGUUCAGAAGUUGGGAAUUCUGCACUUUACCUUUUUGAAUGCUAUGACACAAGGACUGAAAGCUGGCAUGCUAAACCCAGCAUGCUAAUUCCACGCUGCAGUCAUGGUAUGGUAGAAGCAAAUGGCUUGAUCUAUGUGUGUGGAGGAAGUCUGGGCAAUAAUGUGUCAGGACGAGUCCUUAACUCUUGUGAGGUCUAUGACCCUGCAACAGAAAUAUGGACUGAACUAUGCCCCAUGAUUGAAGCAAGAAAGAAUCAUGGGUUAGUCUUUGUAAAUGAUAGAAUCUAUGCAGUUGGUGGACAGAAUGGAAUGGGGGGUCUGGACUCUGUAGAAUACUAUGAUAUUAAGGUCAAUGAAUGGAAAAUGGUGUCUCCCAUGCCAUGGAAAGGGGUAACUGUUAAAUGUGCUGCUGUUGGAUCUGUUAUUUAUGUCUUGGCAGGAUUUCAGGGCGUGGGUCGCCUGGGACAUAUUUUGGAGUACUAUACUGAGACUGAUAAAUGGGUGGCAAACAACAAAGUGCGGGCAUUUCCAGUUACAAGUUGUCUUAUAUGUGUAGUGGAUACCUGUGGAGCAAAUGAAGAAACACAUGAAACAUAACAUUAACAGUCCACAAAACUCUGCAACAAUUAUUGCUGCGCCUUUUAAAUAUAAACUAUUAUUCAUUGCACAUGAAUUAUUAAAUAUACACAAUGGCACCAAUUCAUACAGAAAUGUAUUAUAGAAGAAAUUAUUUCAGUGUUUUACUGCCAAAGAUGAAACAGGUCCCAUGAUAAUUGCUUUUCAUGCAAAUGAAUACAGAAAUAUAUUACAAAAAUACUGUGGGAAGAUAAGCUUCAUAAAAGAUUUUGUUCAGUCAUCAGGUCCACCUGGUUUGGUGGAUAAUUUGUAUUAAAUCGUGAGUUGGCAGGAUGAUUCACAUUUUGAAUAGGUGAUUUCUUUUUUGCCCUGUAUUUAUACAGUCAUUAGUUUCUUGGCUGUGUCUCUGUUUCACACUAAGAAGGUAUAUUUCUUUUGAGUCAUUUUAAAAAUGAGAGAAAAACAAUACUGUAUCAUGUACCAUAAGUAAAGUAUUUAAUUUUGCCUCAUUCAUGUAACUUUAGGGCAAUGUCUUUUUAAUUAUGCCAUGCUUGUAAUGUUUUAUUUAAUAUGUGUUAUGUGCAGCAUGUUGAUUCUUCAUUUUACCAGAUAUUUAUAGUAUUGUUUGCUAAUUGAAUAAUAAUGCUUAUUAUACUGAGCAGUUUGUUUAAACAAUUAUGUGCUGGGAAAACCACAUUUGCUUUGGCCCUACAUCAGUAUGGCAUCUGUGUUUUAACUCCUGGCAUUCUUAUACCAAAAGCUCAAAAUGGUUUCCCAGUCUGUUUUUAGCAUUUUUCAAACUCCUGAAAUUACUUCUGAUAAUGUUGUAAGCGUGAAGUAGAAUGAAGGCUGCACAAGUGUAAAUUUAGAUUUACAAAGUAUUAUUUAAUGGAAGCAGGCAUUAUAAGGAACAUGGAGAGUACUGUAAACAGGUAUGGUAAGACCAGAAGUCAAUAUUUUACAUCAAUAAACAAACUGCUUGAUGCAUUUUGUAAUACCAGUGCUUCUUAAAAAUAUUGUAAGCGGCAUUUUCUUAGUUUGGUGUUACAUACAUAGAAAUAAUUUUCAUGCUAUGUGCAAAAUUGUGUAUUUAUUUACAAACAUAAACUUGUUGUUGUACAUAUUUUAUAGUCCAUAGUAGUGUCUAGCAGUUUAGUUUGAUGCUCAGAAUUCAAAGAAUAUCUGUUUGCUGUACUAUUAUAAUACUGAUUUUUUUCACAUUGCUUUUAAUUACCUCAUUCUAUCACAUGAUGGGCAUAAAGUCCUCCUUUAUAAAAAUGAUAUAUAGACAAAAACAAAAUCAAAGUUCUUUAAUGCUACUUCUGAGAACUGUAGUUUAACCAUACUGGUAGCAGUUUUAUUCAGUCUGUAGUCAUUUAUAUUUGGUCUAGAUUAUUGUGAAUUUAUUAGUUCAGUGAUUGUGACUUCCACAAAUACUGUACAUGUCCACCUGCCCAAUUAUUGUUGCUUUCUGCACCUCUCAGUUACCCAAUGCCUUAGUGCUGUUUGUGUUAUUUUAGAAUUAAUACAUAUUUAUCUGCUUGUGCAUUAGACACUAGUAGGCUUCCGAGACACCCCUCAUAUCUGUUAUUACAGUGUGUUUAGAAAACCUGAUAUGAAAAUCCUUAAUAUUGACAUUACAUUCUUAAUAAGUAUAUUAAUCCUGCAAUUUGUUCUGUAUCAGAAAAGCCCUAAAUGUUAGUUUCUGUAGGCAUGUGCCUUGUACUUGUUUAAAGAGACUGUGUGUUUCAGUAAAGUCUUACCUGAUGUUGUGAUUUGCUAAAUAAUGCUUGUGUCAUAGCAAUGCCAAGAAGUAACUUUCGCUUACAAGCUGUUACUUCUACUUCCUGAUUAGGUAAUAACAUUCAUUUCUCCAGUUGGAAACUCAGUGUUGUGAUUUAAUGGAUUAGAUUAGAAGACUUCAACCGUAUUGCAGAAGAAAAAUAAUUCUUUAACCACCCGAUCUGGACUGGGAGUAAAACAACUUGUAUUCACUGAAUGGCCCAAAUGGGUAGCAGAUUUGAUGUGUAUAUUUUAUACUGUGUGAUUCAUUACUGGUUAGCCAUGAAAUACUUGUUUACAAUGUUUGUAUUUCUACUGGUUAAACCUGGCUUUUAUUUGUGCAAUGUGUCUGAAUUCUACUAGUGCUUCGUUUAUUUAAACAAAUGAAAUUGUGUUAACAGUGUGUGCAGUGAACUAUGAUUUGUGCUGUGUGACUUUCAUUUUGUCUUUUUAAUUGCAUUUUGUAUUACUUGUGCUGAAUUUUUGUCAUCUGUUUUAUAUUUACCAUUUAAUAUGUAAUUAUAAUGUUAAUUUAUUCAAGAAUACAGUAUGGAUGUGUUAUCUUUCUCACCCCCACACUGGUUAUAUUUUGUAGUGUUAUUCAAAAUGUUUGCUUUGUGUUGUGCUCUCAUUCAUGGACUAAAUUGAAUCUGGGUCAAUAAACAAUGAAUCUUUGUAA